CUCCAACUCAAGCUUGUCUUGAAAAUGAACAAAUCUCGAAUCCGAAUAACUCACUAGCAACUAGUCUAAGAACUUUGCACAGUGCAGUAAUGGAAAAAAAAUUGUACAUAAAACGUUGAAAAGCAAAAGAAAGUAGAACAUAACAACCUUCUUAAUUCGAAAGUCAUAUAGUUAUUGGUUACUCGGAAGUGAUCGACAUCAGUAACCACUUGAGAUUCCGGACACCCCGUCUGUCUGUCUCUCACUCCCGCCAAAAAGGCCCAAGAGAACCCAUUUCUCUCAACCCCCAGAAAAGGAAUGCCACCGAAACGAAAGCCCACCACAGCCCCCGCCACCGAAGAUCCGGCAUUCCCGGGCCUGGAACCAGGUUCCCAAGUGGAGAUCAGUUCCAACGACCCUGGAUUCCGAGGCUCGUGGUACAUCGGCACGAUCAUCAAGCGUGUCUCUAAAAGAAACCCCAACAAGUUUUUGGUCGAAUACACCCACCUUUUCCAAGACGAGACCGGGACUAAACCCUUGAAGGAGACCAUUAACGCAGCGGAUUUACGCCCUCUGGCCCCCCGAGAAAGAGCUAGGAAGUUCAAGUUCGGUGAAGAAGUGGAUGCUUAUCACCAUGAUGGCUGGUGGGAAGGGAUGAUCACUAAGGAGUUGGAGAAUGGAAAGUUUCAUGUUUACUUUAAGAGGUCAAAAGAGCAGUUGGAGUUUGGAGAGGAUCAGCUGAGGCUUCAUAGAGAGUGGAUUAAUGGGUCUUGGAAGCCACCAUUGGAGGAAGAUGAGCAAGUAGAGGAGAAAGCAUCAGAAGAAAAAGAAGUGAAGCCUAACAAUGGAAAGACUGAGGAGAUAUGUCUAACAGCACAAAUAAUUGAAAACAAUUCUGACAAAGAAGUGAUUGAAGGAAAGCUGGAGUCUGACAAAGCUGUUACUUAAGAGAGCGAGUGGGAUACGGUCGCAACUGAAGAAAAGUUAGAGUCUGAUAAAGCGGGGAGUGGAGAGAAGUUGGCUGGCAAGAUAACAACAGAGGAAAAGUUUAGUGAAGGAGUGCAUGUUGAGGUGACCAGUGAUGAAGAUGGUUUUGAAGGUGCUUGGUUUGCUGCAACUAUUGUUAAAGCAAUGGGGAAGGACAGGUACCUAAUUCAAUAUGAGAGCUUGAGAACUGAAGAUGACACUGAUUUCUUAAAGGAGGAGUUUGAUACCCUGCACAUUAGGCCUUGUCCACCAGCAAUUGUUGUGGCUGAUCGAUUCAAAAAGCUUGAUGAAGUUGAUGCUUUUUACAAUGAUGGCUGGUGGGUGGGUCUGAUUUCUAAGGUUCUUUCUGAUUCAAAAUAUGAAGUCUUCUUUAGGACUACCAAUGAGAAAAUGAAGUUUAAACACUGUGAGUUAAGGCUGCAUCAGGACUGGAUUGAUGGAAAAUGGGUUGCAGCUUCCCAGGUAAUGACUCUCUAAAUGCUCCAACAUCUUUGUAGAUAUUUGUUCUUCAAUGGUGUUUCAUGGGGUUUGCUUGGGAAAAUUAAAAACAUGGUCUACCUUUCUCUAGACUUGCAAAUGGGCUUUUAGGCUUGCUGUUUAAGUAUGGAUUUAGUCCCUGAAUCUUUAUAAACUAGUCAAAAUGAUCCUGAAUUUUUGUUAAUAUCGCAUCCCUAUGUUUGCAAAAUUUCUGCAAUUUACCAAAAUCAGUAACAACAUGACAGUGAGACUAUUGCACCUGUCUAUUAUCUUAAGGAGACUACAUUCUUGAAUGUGCUGUACACAUAUUUGUAUUUGUUUGUAUGGAUGCAUGGGAGUGAUUGUGUGUGCAAGAGCUAGGGAGAAGGUAUCAGAAAGGGGUUUGAUUGUGUGAUCGAAACCUUAGUAACUGGUUAACAACAACACGCCUGCUUGUCAAAUGAUGGCAACUUGUUCCGUCUUUACAAUAUUGUUGGCAGUUGGAAUGUACCUAUCAUGAUGUGGCUCAUCGUGCACCCUUUUCUUUCUUCCAAGUUUCAAUUUGACACCUCUACUGCUAAUAAAAAAAAUGUGUAUUCCAGCC